UUGUAGUUGAUUUUUAGCUAAAAAAAAAAAAAAAACAACCAGCAAUUUUCGAUUUUCAAUUUAAGAAAUCGAAAAUAAAAUUAAAUUAAAAGAAAUAAAAUUAUUUUAGAUUAAAAGAAACAUACAUACGCUCACACACACAUUCACAAAAUAAUAAUAGUGAAAAAGGAAAAUGUGGAAAUUUUAUUAAAAUAGAAUAAAAAGAAACCAAACAAAAAAAAAAAAAAACAAGCAAGAAAACAAAAAAAAAUUUAUAAAUAAGAAAUCGUGUUUUUUUUUUUCAUUUCCGUUAUUGUUGUUGCCGUUUUCUUUUUUUAUUAUUAUUGUUCAUCGCUCUUAAAUUUGGUCAACCGAUUUUCUUCUUGUGCUGGUUUAUUCUACACUUCUUUACAUCGGGAAUUUUUUUAUUGUAAAUAUGUAUGAACCGUCCUAUUCAGAUUAAACCAGUGGAUUGUGAAAAUCGAGGAGAUCGAAAACUUUUCGUUGGCAUGCUUAGUAAACAACAAACGGAGGACGAUGUAAGACAAUUAUUCAACCCAUUCGGAACAAUUGAAGAGUGUACAAUAUUACGAGGACCAGACGGUUCUAGCAAGGGUUGCGCUUUUGUUAAAUUUAGUUCUCAUCAAGAAGCUCAAACGGCCAUUACGAAUCUUCACGGUAGUCAAACCAUGCCGGGCGCUUCUUCAAGUUUAGUCGUUAAGUUUGCGGACACUGAAAAGGAAAGGCAAUUAAGACGUAUGCAACAAAUGGCUGGUCAUAUGAAUUUACUUAAUCCAUUCGUAUUUAAUCAAUUCGGCACAUACGGAGCUUACGCACAUACACAACAAGCCGCUAUAAUGGCAGCAGCCUCAGCUCAAGGUACAUAUAUGAACCCAAUGGCAGCGUUAGCAACACAAUUACCUCACGCACUAAAUGGUUCUGGUCAACCAAUAAAUGGUUCAAUUCCACCACUUCCUUCACCUACAAUGCCAACAUUUAAUAUGGCGGCUCAAACACCAAAUGGUCAAGCAACAGCAACUGAAGGUGUUUUCACGAAUAGUAUCUCACAAACUUAUACUGGUCAUUAUAUUCCAAAUAUUUCAGAUUCUCUGCAUUUAUCUAUUCCUACACAAGGCCUGGCUAAUGGAGAUGCGGCACUUCAACAUGCAGCAUUUACCGGUAUACCACCAUAUCCAGGAGUUGCAUAUCCAGCAGUAUACGGACAGUUUCCACAGCCCAUUCCACCACCAUUAGGAGCUGUCGCAGCGGCAACUCAAAGAGAAGAUUUUCUGAUGUUCCCAGGAUGCUCCAUAUCUGGACCAGAGGGUUGCAAUCUGUUUAUAUAUCAUCUGCCACAAGAAUUUGGUGAUGCUGAAUUAAUGCAAAUGUUCCUACCAUUUGGCAACGUUAUCAGUUCAAAGGUUUUCAUUGAUCGAGCUACAAAUCAGAGCAAAUGUUUUGGUUUUGUAUCAUUCGAUAAUCCUGCCAGUGCUCAAGCAGCCAUUCAAGCCAUGAAUGGCUUUCAAAUUGGAAUGAAAAGACUGAAAGUUCAAUUGAAGCGGCCAAAGGAUGCAAGUCGACCUUAUUAAUAAAAAUGAUGUCGAUUUAAAUAAAUUUGAUGCAAAUCAUGAUAUAUACACUUCCUGCAGUGUUUGCUCCUGUACUGGAUUAUAUGUAAAACUGUUCAGAUUUUUUUGCCAAAAACAAACCAGUUGACAAACUAUUCAAACCAAAAAAAAAUUUAUAUGUAUAUAUAUAUACCUACAUAUGUACAUAUAUAUGUAAAAUAAAAAUUUCAAUAUAAAUAAAAUUUAAACAAAAUUAAAAUAAACAAACAUGUUAACACUAUACUUCAGAUGUCGAACAUGAAUAUAUUUUUUUAAUUCAUUCAUACAUCCAAAAAACAAAAAAAAAAUUAAUUAAAUAAUGAAAAAAGAAAGUUUUUU